AUGGACGAUAGCUUCUUAGAUCAUAUGAAUUCAAAAGAUUUAGAUGCAACGGACAGAACAAUAAAGGAAGCUUUAAUACGUUCUCAACAAACGAUGAGCUACACCUCAGUUUUCUUGAUGAGUUCAAUGAUUCAGAAUUGGCUGGUUCAAUCACUAGCAAAACUAAUGGUGGAACUAAUGGAUCAAGGUAAACAAACAGAUGACAAUGUAUAUUCAGCGAUUCGACAACUGACAAGUAGUAUUGUGGCUGAAUGCGGAAAUCGUAUAGAACAAUAA